AUGGUAAACUCCCCGUACUUGAAAAAAGAUCUACACAACAUCGAAAGCCUUCAAACAGCAUUACAAUGGAUACCAUCUCAUUGCGGAAUCAAGGGAAACAAAAAUGCCGAUCUGCUAGCAAAGGAGGGAGCCAAACAACAGCAAUAUGAAAACCAAGUUAGCUUCUCAGAGAUGAAAACCAUCAUCACAUCACUACACAGAACCCCUCAACAACAAGACAGCUAUAACCAACUGGCUAGACCUGAGCAGACGAACAUCUUCAGACAUAGGACAGGACACAACAGACUCAACCAACAUCUGCAUAGAGUCAUGAAAGUCAUACCAUCACCGAUGUGUACAUGUCGAGAAGCUGAUCAGAAUACAGAACACCUCAUACAACACUACAGAAUACACCAGGCACUGAGAAACAACACAUGGCCAACACCAACAACGUUAUAA